CAUCGAUAGUUGAGGGUCCGUAUGAGCUGGAAAUACAAUUUUUUUGUAUUAUGUGUUAUUGAAAUCAACUAAUUGUGCGAGAAAACAAUUGGGAUUUGCAUGUGCUUGGUUAGUGGACCCGUCAGACCGAUCCCUGCGAGUCCCCCCGAUCCCUAGCCCCACCCCACCACCAAGAGCAGACAAAACAAAAUUUUGCAGUUCAGAAUCAGGCACGCAGCGAGAUGAGUUGGUUCGAGAAGGCCAAGACGGUGCUCAUCGAGGCCCUCGACAUCCAGGAUGACGACAGGGACAAGGCCGCCGAGAAGGAUGGCGUUACUGCGGGGUCGGGCGGUGGCGGUGGAAGCGGAGGAUCAUCGGACACGGGCGCCACGAGCUCUGGCGCCGCACUCGUCUCGCAGACGACAUCCUCGGACACGCCUACAUUCUUCGACAAUCCACACGCCAACGAGAUGGUAACCAUUCCACCCAGAGCCAGCGAUCCGGCCGUAACCACGCCCACACCCACAUCCACAUCCGCAGCAAUGGGCAUGGGUAAUCCGUAUGCCAAGCGACAUUCAGCCACAUCGGACUCCGUCGAUCUGCUCUCCUCGCCAUCGCCCACAUCGCCCGAGGGCGACGCCGCCUCCGCGAUGGAGAACUCUGAAUCUUCGCUGGAGCUAAUCACGGCCACGACGGCCAGCGAGAUGGAGAUGUCGCCGGACACGGAGCCCUCGCUGCCCGGCAGCAUCGUGAUCAUAGCCAGCAACGAGACCUCCGACAAUGCCGAAGGCGAUGGCGAAGACGACGACGACGAUGACGAUGGCACCCAGCUGGAGCGGCACCUGGAGGACCAUCUAAAUGAUUCCACAAAGACCAUGAAAGCCCUGGUGUUUAGCGACACCCAGGCGGCCGCCAAUGUGACGGGCGCCGAUUCAGACUCCACGCAGAGCUUCGAGGACAUCCAAAUGCAGAUGAGCCACAAGGACAAGGCCGGUGGAAAGGGACAAGGACAAGAUGGCGAGGGCGAGGCCAAAGCAGAGGUGGUCGACCAGAGCUACUCGUCCACCUCCUCGGACAUUGAGAUCAUUUCCAAUCCGAACGGGGACUCCAGCACCAACAGCACAACGACGCGCACGAGUCCGCAAAAGUUCAAGGAGCUGGGCAGCAGCAGCAGCCGGUCUGGGGCUGGGACAGGCACAGGGCUGACUGGACAGGUGCUCAAGCCCAAGGGACACCAUCGCGAGCCCUCAGAGAUAUCGCUGCUGUCGGAGGACUCGCAAUCGGAGCUGGAUAAGCUGGUGAAUCGCAUUAGCGAGCUGAACCAGGUGAUUGAGGCGCGCGAGCAGCGCUUGCUGCAGUCGGAGCGACAGAACGCCGAGCUGCUGGAGCGCAACCAGGAGCUUCGCGCCUCCGUGGAGGCAGCGGCGAACAGCGCCAACAGUCCGGAUGCCGCGGAGGCCGUACAGCGGUUGUCGGCGCUGGAGAAGAAGUUCCAGACGAGCAUACGGGAGCGGGACGCGCUGCGCAUCCAGAUCAAGAGCCUCAAGGACGAGCUGCUCAACAAGAUACCCAAGGACGAGCUGGCCGAGUGCAACGAGAUGAUCGCAGCGCUGCAGUCGGAGGGCGAGAAGCUCUCCAAGGAGAUUCUCCAGCAGUCGAUCAUCAUCAAGAAGCUGCGCGCCAAGGAGAAGACCUCGGACACGCUCCUCAAGAAAAACGGCGAGCAGAUCUCGCUGCUGUCCAGCGAAUCGGAGCGGCUCAAGAAGUCCCUGGCCGCCAAGGAGGAAAUGGAGCGCACGCAGAUCGAGGCGGUGGGCCGAAUGACCCACGAGAAGCGACGCGUCGAUGAGGAGAACGCCGACUGCCGCAGUCGUGUCGAGGAUCUGCAGUCGAAACUGUCGGCCCUUCAGUCCAGCUUUGACGGCGUCCGGGGCGAUCUGGUUAAGCGGACGCGCGUGGAGCAGGACAGCCUCAGGGCCGAGAAUCAGGAGUACGUCCAGCAGCUGGGCGACAUGCGGGAGAAGCUGCGCCACGCCGAGCACAGUCUGGCCAAGCGGGAGCAGCAGCUGCGGGAGGAGAACCGCCAGCUGCUGCGACGCUUGGAGGCUGCCGAACUGCGAGCGGAGAGCUCCACGCAGGAGCUGAGCGUCACCACCACCCCGCUGAUCCGCCAGAUCGAGUCGCUGCAGAAGACCCUCAACCAGCGCACCGCCUCCUGGAACAAGGAGGAGCAGCUGCUGAUCCAGAGGGCCGACGAUGCCCAGCUGCAGCUGCGCUCGGUGCAGCAGCUCGAGUCGGUGCAGAACGAGAAGCAGGAGCUGCUGCGCACGCGGUGCAGCCUUCUCGAGGCGAAGCUCUCCAGCGCUCUGGCGGAGGUGGAGAGUGCCAGGAUGGCCCUCAGCCAGCUGGAGCACGAUGCCAGCCUCAAGGAGAGCUCACACAGCAGAAAGUUGGCCACGCUGCAGGAGCAGCUGCAGGCGCAUCAGGAGAGGAUUGUGGGCCUAGAGGAGCAGCAGCAGUGCCAGCAGCGCCAGCAACAGCAGAAGGCCGAUGCCGAGGCUGAGCGGGAAACCUUGCAGCGACAGCCCAUGCCCAGCCUGCUUACCGUAGAGGCCGUCAAGGCCAGCAGUGAAAUGCAGCCGCAUAAAUCUCCGGUUCAUUCCCCACACUCUGCGCUGCGCCAGCACUCGCCUCCGCUCAGUCUGGCCGAUGAGAGCGGCUCCACGGAGGAUGCGAUGAUGGGCGGCAUCAUUGACUGGCAGACGGACGACCUGGACUGUGCCUCCAACUCGGGCCGCAACCAGUCGGGCAUCAUCCAGGGCGUCCACCUGAGCUUCAUGGCGGGCAACACCACAACGCUGGAGCAUCUGCAGUCGCUGCUGAAGCAGCGUGACGGCGAGCUCACACACCUCCAAUGGGAGCUGUCGCGCCUGCAGGCCGAGCGCGGUGUGCUCGACGGAGAGAUAUCCCAUUUGACGAUUGAACUGGAGACGAUGAAGGAGAAAAUGCAGUCAUACGAGGCCAUGGAGAAGUGCUACGAGGACCUGCAGCAUCGCUACGAUGCCCUGCUCCAGAUGUACGGCGAGAAGGUGGAGCGCACCGAGGAGCUGGAACUGGAUCUGGUCGAACUGAAGUCCGCCUACAAGCUGCAGAUCGACGAGCUGCUGGCCAAUCCACCCCCGAACCUGCAGAGGCCAGCGAAGCACACAUGAUUGCCGGAACGCAGAAGCAUCUACUGUGUCUCGCUGCCCAAUCUGACAUGCCUGCGGCGAUCCUAGUCCCGUUUCCCACUACCAAUUACCAUUCCCGAUGGGCCAUUAUCCUUAUCCUACCAUACUCUGGCUAACGUCGGGGGAAUGAGAGCAGCGCAGGGCAGGGCA